GACUUUUGGGUGGGCGAAAGAGAUUUCAGUCCAGCUACCUUGGCAGUGUAGCUCGUCGAGCUCGUGAUGCAGCAGAUGAAGCCGCUGAAGUUGCUUAUCUGAAACAACUUUACCAUCAGAAUGAUCCUGAGGCUGUGAUUAGAGUAUUUGAAAGCAAACCAUAUUUGCAUAAUAGUCUCUCGGCUCUUUCCGAAUACGUGAAAGCACUGGUGAAAGUUAAUAGGCUUGACGAAAGUGAAUUACUCAAGACAUUUAGGAGAGGUGCUUAUUUCACAUUUGUCAGAUUGAUAAAGUAUCUAAUUUUUCUCUGCAAUUAAAUUAAAUUUAGAAUCAGGAAUGUUAUUCAUCUUUUGGCCUUUGAUGCAGUCCUUGGACAAGUAUGAUUUUAUAUGACUGCAUGAACAAAAUGAUGCAAGACAGAGAAUAUAUUCAGCUGACCAAAAUUGGCACUUCAAUAAUACUGAUAUUGAUCAUACUGCAUCUGUAUUUUGGAUGUUUUUUUCUCUAGCAUAGUUUUUAGAGCAAAAAUUAUGAGCAGAGGUGAUAUGAGAUUUCAGGCAUGUCCAAUUCAAUAGCGUGUGUGGGAGAAACUGCAGCUGGACUUUCUGCUUUAAGAAAUUUAGGAAAAUCAGCAAAAAGAAAUAUUAUUGGAACUGCUAGUAAUCCAAUCCAUACGGUGGCUAAAGUUGGGAAUUUAAAAGAUCAGUUAUGGCGUACGUUCAAGUCCAUUGUGUUGGCCUUUCUCUUCAUUUGUGGUGUAGGAGCACUCCCUGAAGAUAAAGGAAUUAGGAAAGGACUUGGUAUCAAUGAAGAAGUGCAACCCAUCAUGGAAACAAGCACAAAAUUUAGUGAUGUAAAAGGUGUUGAUGAGGCAAAGGCUGAGCUGGAAGAAAUUGUUCAUUACCUUCGAGAUCCUAAGCGGUUUACUCGUCUUGGUGGUAAGCUUCCAAAAGGAGUUUUGCUUGUUGGACCACCUGGUACUGGAAAAACAAUGUUGGCUAGAGCUAUUGCUGGUGAGGCUGGGGUUCCAUUCUUCUCCAGCAGUGCAAGUGAAUUUGAUGAGUUGUAUGUUGGUGUUGGUGCGCGAAGGGUGAGGGAUCUUUUUUCUGCAGCAAGGAACAGAGCACCUUGUAUAAUAUUCAUUGAUGAGAUUGAUGCUAUAGGAGGUAAGCGAAAUCCAUGGGACCAACUCAUGAGAAUGACAUUAAAUCAGAUAUUGGUUGAGCUAGAUGGAUUCAAGCAAAAUGAGGGCAUAAUUGUGAUUGGGGCAACUAAUUUUCCGAAAUCAUUGGAUGAUGCCCUGGUCAGACCUGGCCGCUUUGACCGCAAUGUUGAUGUUCCCUAUCCGGAUGUAAGAGGAAGACACCAGAUUUUGGAAUCACACAUGUCAGAGGUUUUAAAGGAUCCUGAUGUUGAUCUAAGGAUCAUUGCUCGAGGAACACCUGGGUUCUCUGGUGCUGACCUUGCAAACUUGAUUAACAUGGCUGCUAUCAAGGCUGCGAUGAAUGAUUCUAACGCUGUGACAAAUGCUGAUUUAGAGUUUGCAAAAGACAAGAUCCUAAUGGGAAGUGAACGCAAGUCAGCUCUUGUAUCUGAGGAGGCACGAAAGGUAACUGCUUUCCGUGAGGCUGGUCAUGCUCUUGCUGCCAUUUAUACCGAUGGUGCCGACCCUGUUCACAAAGCAACUAUAGUUCGUGCCACGUCUCUCGGCACGGUUAUCCAAUUGCCCGAUGCAGAUCAGAAUCAACGUACCCGUAAACAGUUUCUUGCCGCCAUAGAUACUUACAUGGCAGGCUGGGCAGCUGAAGAACUCAUUUUCGGAGAAAAUGAAGUCUCUUCUAGUGUAUCCUCUGAUCUCAGGAAAGCAACUCGUUUGGCAAGGAUCAUGGUUACCAAAUAUGGCAUGGGCAAUGAAGUUGGACCAGUCACUCACGAAUACAAAGAUAGUGGGAAGAGCAUGAGCUCAGAGACAAGGCUUCUCAUUGAGAAUGAGGUGAAGCAACUUCUCCGGAGUGGUUACAACAAUGCAAAAACCAUUCUUACCACUCACAUCAAGGAGCUUCAUGCACUUGCAAAUGCUCUUUUGGAGCACGAGUCCCUCACAGGAACUCAGAUAAAGACACUGCUUGCCCAACUUACAAUUCCACAAACACUUGAAGCUCAAAGCACUUCACAAUCCAACACGCCACCAUCUACCGCCACCGUCGCCGCUGAUACUGCAAAGCCUAAAAGAGCUCCGGUGGGAUCUUAGCAGAACAAGAUGCUGGUUGAUUGAAAAUGUUCUUAUAGUAAAAAAUUUUCAGGUUUUUCACACGGAGGAGCUCAGCUCAUGAACCUUCUUAGA